AUGGUUUCUGAGUUUAAUAAUAAUGAUGUGCAAUAUUUUUGUUAUAAUGUGCAUAUUUUAAACUUUGGUGUAGAAGAAAAAAUUAAAAAACCAAAACCAAAAUAUAACAACAGACACUCAAAACCGACACGCGGUGGUGGGCGUAAAUUUACAAACCCAAGACGUCUUGCUAUAGAAAAAGACGAAGAAGAUGGAUUGUGGGAGCAUCGGGAAGCGCAUAAUGAUAUAGAAAGUUCUGAUGAUGAAGAGGAAAGAGAGGUUGUUGUUAAAAAGUCAAAAGAAACCAAGGAAUCAAAAGAAUCAAAAUCAGAAAGUCUUGAAUCUACUGCUGAAAAAGAGGCCGCCAAACAGCGAUAUUGGAAACUUCAUUUAGAAGGUAAAACAGAGCAAGCAAAAGCUGAUUUAGCACCUAAAGCUGAAGCACAAAAAGCAAAAUUAGAAAAAGAAGGGCGUAAGUCCCGGAAUAAGUCCAAAGUUAAUUGA